AGAGCUGUCAAUCAACAUAACCUCACUUGAACUCGCGUGAAGAAAAAUUUUCUUCUCUGUGUUUUUUCGCAUUUCCCAGGAAAAAAGAUGAUAAUCAGGCAAGUUUUGAGUAAGAAUCUUCUCAGAGUGAAUUAUCAUGUGGGAAAAACAGCCGGAAGAUUCUUCUCCAAGGACUCAGGAGAUAGCUCCUCUUCAGACUCUGAUGACGAGGCCAAGAAGCCUUCAGUGUCAAAUGAUAGACUGAAUGAACUUCUAGCAAGUAUGAAAGUGUCUGGAAAGUCCUUCGAAGUGACGCCCAAGAGUCUGAGGCAGCGCCAAGAGACCAAAAAGCCUCCAAUUGAAGAGGCACCGACUCUUGAGCGCGUUACCAAGAAUGUGGCAGAAUCUUUGGGAGGAGAUGCUCGACAAACGGAGUCCGAGUUGCUGCGAAAGCUCCUGGACAUUUCCAAUCAAGCCAGCGAGGCAAAAAUCAAAACGGAAGGAGCAGAAGACGGUUCGAAGCUCAAUGAUAUAAUUGUGGGCAUGAAGAUCGAGAGGACGAAGAAAUCUCCCGAGAGCACUGUCAGUGAGCAAUUUGUGAGGAGGUCAGGAAAGAAAACUGAGAGAGUCAUCAAGGAAAGAGUGGCACCAGUGAAGCCUGUGGACGUGAAACACGACAGAAUAAAUUUGUGGAGCGCUCAGCCACUGAAUAUCUUCACCAAGGAUGUCAAGGAAUCCGCAGAUCCUCUGGAAAUCUGGACUCUUCUGCAGAAUCGCGAACUUCAGGCCACUUUCGAUACUCCGCCGAGGAAUUACUUCGAGAAGAUGCAGCGCUGGACCACCGAGGGCAAAGUCUGGCGCUUCCCCAUUGACAACGAACAGGGCCUGGAGGAGGAAGCGAAGGUGUACUUCGCCGAUCAUGUGUUCCUGGAGCCCCAUUUGGAGCCGUGGUGCCCGAAAACCGGCCCUGUGAGGCACUUUAUGGAGUUGGUGUGCGUCGGUCUGUCCAAGAAUCCCUACAUAACGAUCCAGGAGAAACAAGCGCACAUUGCCUGGUUCCAACAGUACUUCGAGGGCAAAAAGGAACUCCUCAAAGAGAUCAUCAUACAGGAAGGGAAGGAGAAACAGGCAAUCGAGAGAAAAGCUGAGUAGAAAUUCAGCGUAAAGCGUCGAUUAGUGGAAUAAAAGUUGUAAUAGAACUCACCUCGU